CGCCAACAGGCCCCCAACCAAACCCAUACACCAUCAAAUGUACCAGCUUUUUCAGACCAACAAUGGCUAUCUUUGCUCUACUCUCAGAAACCACUUCAGAAUCUUGAAAAUUUGCUCACCCAUUUCGCAGUUUCACGAUGUUAGCGAAAACCAUGGUCUGAAUCCCAAGCUUGAUUUCGUAUUGGGAGAAAUUAAAGAGAUUCAGUCGUCAAAACCCGUCACCGGCGUUACCCAAUCGGAGUCGGACUCUGAUGACGCUCGAAUCCUUACAAAGGAGGAAAAUGUUUCUUUCGAGAUUUUGCACCCGUGGCCGGAGUGGGUGGAUUUGAUGGAGUGCUUAUUGAAGAGAGGUUACUUCGAAGGGGACGGAAACCCAUUUCGAAAUGGUCAAGUGGGUCACAGAGAAUCCAAAUUUAUUCGGACUGCGUGCCUUAAUUUCGCCCGCGAUCAUUUUAAUCUCAUAAGGUUCUUAUCUAGGAAAAAUAUCCAGGCCAUUUCUAGAUGUGGAUGCCCAAGUUUAGAUAGAAAAGUUGUCAACUCAGGGAAGCGUUUGAGGGCAUACGUGGGCGUUGACGAAGGAGAUACUUGCAGCUCCUGCAAUUUGAGGGGAGACUGUGAGAGGGCUUAUGUGAAGGCUCGUGAAGAUGAAGGUGGGCGGACAGUGGAUGUUAUGCGUUUCUUAUUGACAUAUGGGCUUGAUCCCAUUGCCGGGACGGUGGAAAACAUGCCAUGUCUAAACAAAAUGGUCAAAGAAUCAGUAAGAGCACUACUCAAAGAGAUGGUAGAAUAUAGCACGAGGAGUAUGAAUUCCAAUAUCCGGAAGCCAAAGUCAUUAGAAAAGUUUGUACUAGUGGAAGAUCCGAAAAUUCCAGAAGAUAAAGGUCGCAUACAUGUCCCAAUGAAGCAAGGCGACUGGCUGUGUCCCACGUGCAAUUUUCUAAACUUUGCCAAAAAUAUCAAGUGCCUUCGCUGUGAUGGUUUAUUUGAAGAAAAACUGAAGCAACUCAGGGAGAAUCAGGAUAAUCUUCCAUUGAAGAAGGGAGACUGGAUCUGUGACAAAUGUAAUUUCUUGAAUUUCGCGAGGAACACAAAAUGCUUGCAAUGCAAAGAGAAGCCUCCAAUGCGGCAGCUUAAUCAAGGGGAAUGGGAAUGUCCAUCGUGCAACUAUAUCAACUUCAGAAGAAACAUGGUGUGCUUAAAAUGUGACCAUAGAAGACAGAAGGCAGUGAAUUCCUCAGAAAGUUAUGCUAAAAGUAACCUUGAAAAUGUACGCUACAGUAAUAGUAGAUUGACGAAUGUUGAAGUUUACAAUGCUGAUAAUAGUAUUCAGACUUCUGUACAACGAAGUGGAUUAUGUCGAAACAAUAGUGCAAACGUGUGGAGAUUUGUGGAAGAAGAGAAUGAAGAAUGUACUUAUCCUAAGUCAAAGAAUGAGGCUUCUGGUUUUGUUGAUUUUCCUAUUGCCGGAGGUAAGAGCGAUUUGUCUCGAAGUGCAGAAAAGAGAGAGAGAUGGAAAUCAGAGAUGCUAGAGAGAAGCAAAGGUACAUUUAAAGCCAAAGACGAUGAUGACGAUGACAAUGGUGAUGAGUUAAGACCGGCCUGUCUUGAGAGAAGGUCAGAGUUUCCAUACUCUGCUGAUGAUGAGGAGAUGGCUGAAUGGUUCGGCCCUGGAAAGUUGGAAAGAAAAGGGACUAUUCAUGGACAUGAGAAAAUUCAAGAUUGAUGAUAAGAUCUCAGCCAUCAGAUUAUGGUGGUCUCCCAUGAAAACCUUCUGAAAUCAGCAUUAACCACAACCACUCUGUUGUUGAGUUACUAAACCCAAUGGUGAAGACAUUCUUUUAUCUUUGGAAACAAAUAUUUGUCAAAUGAUAGAGCAGUUUUCACUUUCUCUGUAUCUCAUUUGUUUAUUUGUUACUAUUAUCAUUAUUCUUGUAGAUGUUCACAUUGAGUUACUAAACCCACUUUUUUUUCUACUA